AUGGCCACCCUGUAUCUGUUGUGUGCUGUGUGUUUUCCCAGCACUGCAAAGAAAGAAGACAUUAAGCUGAGCGUCCGGAAGCUGCUCAAAAGGCACAACAUCGUGUUUGGUGACUACACGUGGACCGAGUUUGAUGAACCUUUUCUGACCAGAAAUGUGCAGUCUGUGUCCAUUGUUGACACAGAACUGAAGGCUAAAGACCCCCAGCCCAUUGACUUGAGUGCCUGUGCGGUCGCGCUCCACAUCUUCCAGCUGAAUGAAGACGGCCCCAGCAGCGAGAACCUGGAGGAGGAGACAGAAAAUAUCAUCGCAGCAAACCACUGGGUGCUGCCUGCAGCUGAGUUCCACGGGCUCUGGGACAGCCUGGUGUACGACAUGGAGGUCAAGUCGCACCUCCUGGAUUACGUGACGACGACCUUGCUGUUCUCAGACAAGAACGUGGACAGCAACCUCAUCACCUGGAACCGCGUGGUGCUGCUGCACGGGCCUCCAGGAACUGGGAAGACGUCCCUGUGUAAGGCCCUGGCCCAGAAGCUCACCAUCAGACUGUCGAGCAGGUACCGGUAUGGCCAGCUAAUUGAAAUAAACAGCCAUAGCCUCUUCUCUAAGUGGUUUUCAGAAAGUGGCAAGCUGGUGACCAGGAUGUUCCAGAAGAUCCAGGACCUGAUUGAUGACAAGGAGGCGCUGGUGUUCGUGCUGAUUGACGAGGUGGAGAGUCUCACAGCAGCACGCAGUGCCUGCAGGGCUGGUGCCGAGCCCUCGGAUGCUAUCCGCGUGGUCAACGCCCUCUUGACCCAGAUCGAUCAGAUCAAAAGACCUGAUUUGUAUUUGGCCUUUGUUGGCCUUGCGCCCUGUGUAACUGUGUGCCUCUGUCCCCAGUGCCAGAUCAUAUACCCCCGCCAGCAGCUUCUGACUCUCCGAGAGCUAGAGAUGAUCGGCUUCAUUGAAAACAACGUGUCCAAGUUGAGCCUCCUUCUGAGUGAAAUUUCAAGGAAGAGCGAGGGCCUGAGUGGCCGGGUCUUGAGGAAGCUCCCUUUCCUGGCUCAUGCACUAUACAUCCAGGCCCCCACCGUCACCAUCGAGGGCUUCCUCCAGGCGCUGUCUCUGGCGGUGGACAAGCAGUUUGAAGAGAAGAAGAAGCUCUCACCCUGUAUUUGACCCUGGGUGGCAUGUCUGUCUCAGCUGCCCUCUGGAACCCACUGACCUACCUGGGUGCACAGCCCAGAGCUCGGGCACAGGUGCCUCGUCGGAGCCAGGACCUGUUCUUGUCAUCUAAAUGCGUGUCAGAGGCAAGCAGCCUGUUCUCUUCGUUGUUUUUAGAAGAUAGUUCAAGUUCCGUUGGCCUCUUUGUAAAGAACUGUCUCCAUGUGUCUGUUUCCAUCCUGUCUGGCCAGUCAGACGCAGGGUGCUCACCAGAGCUGUUGAGAGAAGGGAAGUGGAGCAGGCCUGACCCUAAGCCAGCACAGAGGUGGGAGGGCCCAGCCACCUUCCAACCUGAGUGAUUUAACGGGUCAAGAAAACUGUUCCCAUGUAGCAGAAGUUGGGAAGGAGAUUCCAGGCAGGAAGCCUUGCGUGGCCAGGCGCUGCCUGUUGGAGGGCACCGUGCAAAUGCUCCUGGCCAAGCACCCUACCCUGGCUGAGCCUGCUGGUGCAGGGCGGCAGGUGAGGUCCUGCAGGCUGGCUUGCUCUGUGGCGACGGGAGGCAAGCGGGUGGGUAAUGGAGUGCUCCGUGAAAGCUCGUCUUGCUCCUGUCUUGGGCCAGAAUGUUGAUGUGGCGUCUGCCUAGAAAGCAGGUGUUACCUGUUAUCGUGGAAUUUCUGAAACAUCGUCUGCUGUCAGAA